UCUGCGUUUCAUUGCAGUCACUGAUGGCUUCCCAGGCACUUGUUUAUUAAGUCUUCUUACUGGAUCACCAGCUGUUGGUGGGUUACAAUAGCUUCUUUAUUGACUGUGUUUGUGUUUGGUUUUCUGUGUGAGUGUUAUUGGCAUUUGUUGGCAGAAGCAGACUGUCAUCUGGUGGCAGUUGGAUUAGUAGCAACUUUUAUUGCAAACAGCAAGGACAGUCAAUGCAAAAGGCCAGCUCAGACGCUCAACGCCAGAACACAAGAAGCCUCUUUUUUGAAGGUUUGAUCCUUGUUGAACAUGUCUAGCAUGCAGCAACAUUUGCAUUGCUUUUGAUUUUAAGCACUGGCUGAUGUUCUUGUGAAAUUAUUGCGCUCUGCCCUGAAACCUGGUAACUGCGACAAGAUAUUUGCAUGUACAGUUUAUGCAUUGCUUGGUUUGUUUCUCAAGGUGGGUUUAAGGUGACGAACAUGGCCGGAGCUUGUGAGAAAUGGCAGCAAAGAGGUUCUGGUGAGAAGAGUGGGACCCAGCCUCAGUUCGUCAGCAGCUCUAGUAGUGUAUCUAAAACCAAAAUCACAACCAUCCGUCUUCGGGACGUUUACGAUCCCAAGCCUCAACACCCCAAAGCUCCAGUGCGGAUCCGUCCUCCAGGUCCAAGACCUCCCUCAGUAAAUGAAUUAAAUUUAAAGCAGAGCUCAGCAAGCGAUCCUCCAACCAAAACCAUCAUGAGGAGACGAGCUCAGUCUCUUCCUUUGUCUACAGAGAGGAAAAAGGGACUUAGGAGCCUGCAGGUACGCUUUGUGGAUUCACUGGGCCUCGAAUUAGAGGAGGUUAAAGUCUUCAAAGUUCAAGAGCACCCACUCAUACCCCAACAUGUUAUGUUUAGGCUACUGAUGAGCUCCGAACUGGCUUUCGGGAAGUCACUGGAGCUGUCCCUGCCUUACUUCAAACCAUGUUUCCCUGAGAACAUGGGAGCUCAGCCGGACUUCAUGAAGCGCCUCUGCAGUCAGAGUGUGUGUCUGGAGCAGGUCCUGUGUUCAGAGCAGGGGAUAACAGGCACCAUACGAGUACUUAACUUAGCUUAUGAGAAAGAGAUCACAGUGCGCUACUCUUUCACAAACUGGAGAACUCUCACAGAAACAAGAGCAUCCUGGGUAUCAAGUGGGUACCGUGCCGAGUGUGAUGCUCCAGAAACAGAUACCUUCAGAUUUCGUCUGCCCGUUCCUCCCUUCAUUUUGCAGCCAGGAGCUGUUUUAGAAUUUGCCAUCUGCUACCUUGUAAAAGCAUCUAAUUACUGGGACAACAACAAUGGACGCAAUUACAAACUAUCCUGCCACAGCUACAAGGUAACUGUGCCAAGGGAGUGUGAGGACAGCAUGCUGCAUUUUACCUGAGUGACCACACGGGGGUGCUGCAGUUACCGUACAUUUAAUAGGGUGACAGGCAAAAUGCUGUGAAGAAAGGACCGCAGCACUUAUUGUAAGCAGUGCUCAAGCAGCCACACGUUUCUACAGUGUGAGGUACCACAUUGUACUGUAUUUCUCCCCCACAUGUUUCAGAGGCAAAUAUUGCACUUUUUAAUCCACUAUAGUUGUGUGACAACUAUAGUUGCCCAUCACAUUUACAUGCAAAAUACAUAGUCAGUUUAUGAAUAUAUGGUCAGUUUAUGAAAUGUGUAUUAUUACAUAUAAACAAGCCAACAAUGUACAAAUUAUAAUACAUCUGCACUAAUACCUGAAAAGCAGUUUAGUUUUACUUGCAAUAAGGUAUGACAUUGAGGCACUGAUAUUUUUUACUAAAGAAAGGAUCUGAUUACUCUCUCCACCUUUGAUUAGAAUACAAUCAAAGUCAAAUUAACCAUUCAGCAUCACAGAAAUACCGGAGACUAGAAUGGUCAACAAUGCGGGAAACAUUAGAGAAUACCAAGACUUUAGUUAAAACGGGGAAGAUGCAGUUAAUAAAUUUCUUGACUGAUUUAAUAAUUUAAUUUAACAGUGGUUUCUACCAAAUGCCAAAGAAAGGAAGUAGGUUUAAAAAAAGGGGGACAUUAUAACAUGAAGGGUUAUUUUUGUUUUUCUAUUGUUAAAAUGGAUCCGCAAGAAAAUGCACAACUGUUUUCAAUAAAGCCAACAUUAUUUUGCCUUACAAAACAGCUUCUAAAAAUUGUGGUUGGAUAUAAUAUAUCAGUAGGGAUACAGUAAAAUAUUAUCAAUGUCAGCUUCACCACACAUUUGAAGUUCACUGUUAAAAGUGUCUGCCAUGCCAAGCUCCAAAACCACAGGAUCUCAGAUUUCUCAUAAUGCAACUCAGAAGCACCACCACCUACACCUCCAGUUUAAAACUGGCUUUCUUGUUGAAUGUUUAAAGUUUUGAGCAGGAGCCGCAAUGACCCAUCUGAACUUCAUGUGUAAAAUGUGUGGAGUGCCCCUUUAAAAUAUUCCAGUCUGCUUCAAAUCAUGGAAGGAUUUCUGUGGUCCUGCCGGUCUUUUAUUUAGAUGAAAUCCCUGCCACCUCUGUAGAGCUACAAAAGAAUUUGCUCACUUAGCAGUUUAGCAAGUCUGGUGACCCAAUUUAAUGCUGGACCGUCUGACUUAGACUCCAUUGUUGUAUCUUAACCCAGAACUUUCACAAAACUUUGCAGGCUGAGUGAUCUGCUGGUAACCUGAGCAGCUUGUUAUUGUUGCUGUGUAUUUUCUGCUGUGAUCAUGAGGGCUUGACCUCAUUCUUCAGGAGCUUGUUUUGUUUUCAGAGGAGGAUUAUAGGGAGCAGUGUUAGCACCUCUGUUGCACUCUGACCGGGCCCCUCAGAUUACAGACCGCACUGACCUUUCACCAAAAAGUUUCCACUGAUAUGAGAGGCCAGACUCCAGACAACUAUCUGGCAGGCUUCAACAUUUGGCUCAUAGGAGAGCAUGCUUCUAUCUGCAUUAGUGGUUGAAGCUGAAUGGCAUGCUUUAAACAUGAUAGCAGCUAUCUGAACGGCCAAAACAUCACUGAGCAAGUCAAGCUUUAAUUCAUAAUAUAUCAGUUAGACAAAACCCAAGUAAAGUAUCUCUGUGAUCCAAAUGUGAACAAAACGUCAAGCCUGCCUCCAAAAACAAAAACAAAAGAAAACGGUUCUGAAGAUAUUAUUUGUUUACAUCAGUGAUUAUAAUUACAAUUUAUGGGUUAGAAAAAAUGUUUAAGGUUCAGGGAACUUUGAUUCAAAUCUCAUUCCUGGUGUUAAAUGUGCAUGUACACUGGGGACUGAAGUGCUGCUCUGCUACAGCACCAACACUCACUCCACGAACGCUGACAACUUCAAGCAGUCAGAUGAUUCACUCAUGGGACACUAGAUGGCGCCGUUGUUCAAAUCUAAAACCCUUCAUGUCAACACUGUAUGCUGUUUACCAGUGUGUAUUUUGUUUGAGUUUCCAGAGGAUUCAGGUCCUCUACUUAUGUAAAAGCAGCCUAGCAGCAAUGUAUAAAUACUCCAACACAAGCAGAAGUCCUGUAUUCAAUGGAAUAGUAUCUGUCAGAGGUAUUUUUAGUUACUUUAUGUGCUGUUGGUCAAUUAGUUGUUUAAUAUCAAAGUCACGAUCUGCAAAGUGCCGUAACUAGUAAUUUCAGCUGUCAAAUGCAGUAAAGUAGAAAGUAUUACUUUUCAAAUAGAGUGAGGACAAAGGAAGAAGUAACCCAAAUUUAAGUACCUCAAAUUUGUAUAGUACUUGAGCAAAUGUAGUUUUUCACACUCCACCGUUGUUUUCUUAAGAACCUUCUACUAUUUGAGAUCCAUGAACUUGUUUUGCUUUCGCAGUUUCCUGUUUGAAACCUUAUGAAAACACAUCGUAAAUACCAGUCCUCUUCAUCAGAGCCUUUCUUAAUUCACUCCUAAAGUCAAGCGUAUGAAACCUUUAAAGCCACAACAUGAGUCUCAUGAUACAAAUGACUGUACUGUAUAAAAGGGCUGUGGAUUGUGAUGUUCUGGUUUGCCCUCAUUACCCCAUCGCUGAUUCCUGAGAGCAUUCUGCCAAAGUGCAUGUACCUGCAGUCUUUUCAGAUGUACUCAGUCUAUUCCACAGUCACACUCCCCAAAGAAGAACGCAUUGUGUUCAGGGUUCUGAGGGCACUCCAAACUUGGCAACCCUGUUGUUGUCUCUUGCACUUGGCCUCUGUAGGUUUCUUGUAAUUACUGGCUUCAGAGACGACGGCUUAUUCCACUGUAGCACUUAGUGUGAGGCACAGUGGAUUAAGCAACAAACUGCCAAAAUGGUGCAAGGCUGCACGGCUUUUGUUUGCCUUCUGUACUCGUUGCUUCUAAACCUUUUACAGUUGCACCAGGAAAAAAAAUAAACAAACACCCCCUCGGUUCUUCGGGGCUGCCUGGGUUUCAUCGCUCUCGCGUGGUGCUCGUUUGCAUGGAUGUUCUUCAU